CCAUUAGGAGCCCGCUGCUCCCGAGGCCACCCCCCCCUCUCUCCCCCCUUCCCCCCUGUGUCCCCCCGCCUCCGUGCCUGCUCUCCGCCCCUCUGCCCCCGCCUCCGGCAGCGGGAGUCGCGCGCGGGCCCGCGGUGACCAUGUCCUGACUGAGGGGAGAGGGCGGAGGCGGCAGCAGCGGGGCGGGCGGCGGCGCGGAGGGAGGCGGAGAGGGGCCGGGCUCGGCUCGUCGCCGCGGGCUGCUCGGGGAGUCGCUGCCGCCGCCGCGGCCGCCGGGCGCCGAGCGUCGGACGGGGAGGAGGAGCAGGAGCUGGAGGAAGAGCCACCGCCGCCGCCAGGAAUAGCUAUUCACAGUCAUACAGAACCACUUAUCACGUUUUGCAGUAUCUCCUGAGGAAGUCAGAAUCUGAGCCACCAUGACGACUGAAUCUUGUCUUUGGUCUGAUUUAUAAGCUGUACUUUUAUUCUGACCAUGUGCAAGGUGGAGGCUAUAGCAUGGAAACUAAAAUCUUACUUCCUGCCUGACAUAACUCACUUCAAGAAGUGCACAAUGUCAGAACGUGGAAUUAAGUGGGCUUGUGAAUACUGUACGUAUGAAAACUGGCCAUCUGCAAUCAAGUGUACUAUGUGUCGUGCCCAGAGACCUAGUGGAACAAUAAUUACAGAAGAUCCAUUUAAAAGUGGUUCAAGUGAUGUCGGUAGAGAUUGGGAUCCUUCCGGCACCGAAGGAGGAAGUAGUCCUUUGAUAUGUCCAGACUCCAGUGCAAGACCAAGGGUUAAGUCUUCGUACAGCAUGGAAAAUGCGAAUAAAUGGUCAUGCCACAUGUGCACAUAUUUGAACUGGCCAAGAGCAAUCAGAUGCACUCAGUGUUUAUCCCAGCGUAGGACCAGGAGUCCCACAGAAUCUCCUCAAUCCUCAGGAUCUGGCUCAAGACCAGUUGCUUUUUCUGUUGACCCUUGCGAGGAAUACAAUGAUAGAAAUAAACUGAACACAAGGACCCAGCAUUGGACUUGUUCUAUUUGCACAUAUGAAAACUGGGCCAAAGCUAAAAAAUGUGUUGUUUGCGAUCAUCCCAGACCUAAUAAUAUUGAAGCAAUCGAGUUGGCAGAGACGGAAGAGGCUUCUUCAAUAAUAAAUGAGCAAGACAGAGCUCGAUGGAGAGGAAGCUGUAGCAGUGGCAACAGCCAAAGAAGAUCACCGCCGACUACGAAACGGGACUCUGAGAUGAAAAUGGAUUUUCAGAGGAUUGAGUUGGCUGGGGCUGUUGGCAGCAAGGAGGAACUUGAAGUGGACUUCAAAAAACUAAAGCAAAUUAAAAACAGGAUGAAAAAGACUGAUUGGCUAUUCCUCAAUGCUUGUGUGGGGGUUGUAGAAGGUGAUUUAGCUGCUAUAGAAGCAUACAAAUCAUCAGGAGGGGACAUUGCCCGUCAGCUCACUGCAGAUGAAGUGCGCUUGCUGAACCGUCCUUCGGCUUUCGAUGUUGGCUAUACUCUGGUACAUCUGGCUAUACGUUUUCAGAGGCAGGAUAUGCUAGCAAUAUUGCUUACAGAGGUGUCUCAACAAGCCGCAAAGUGUAUUCCAGCAAUGGUGUGUCCUGAACUGACAGAGCAGAUCCGGCGUGAGAUAGCUGCCUCUCUUCAUCAGAGAAAGGGGGAUUUUGCUUGCUAUUUCCUAACUGACCUUGUAACAUUUACGUUGCCAGCAGAUAUUGAAGACUUGCCUCCAACAGUCCAAGAAAAAUUAUUUGAUGAGGUGCUUGAUAGAGAUGUUCAAAAAGAGUUAGAAGAAGAAUCUCCAAUUAUAAACUGGUCCUUGGAAUUGGCUACACGUUUGGACAGUCGACUGUAUGCACUUUGGAACCGGACUGCAGGAGACUGCUUACUUGAUUCAGUACUACAAGCUACCUGGGGCAUUUAUGACAAGGACUCGGUGCUUCGGAAAGCCCUGCAUGACAGCCUACAUGACUGUUCACAUUGGUUUUAUACACGUUGGAAAGAUUGGGAGUCCUGGUAUUCUCAGAGCUUUGGUUUACAUUUUUCCUUGAGAGAAGAACAGUGGCAAGAAGACUGGGCAUUUAUACUCUCUCUUGCUAGUCAGCCUGGAGCAAGUUUGGAACAGACCCACAUUUUUGUACUUGCACAUAUUCUUAGACGACCAAUUAUAGUUUAUGGAGUAAAAUAUUAUAAAAGCUUCCGGGGAGAAACUUUGGGAUAUACUCGGUUUCAAGGUGUGUAUUUGCCUUUGUUGUGGGAACAGAGUUUUUGUUGGAAAAGUCCGAUUGCUCUGGGCUAUACAAGGGGCCACUUCUCUGCUUUGGUUGCCAUGGAAAAUGAUGGCUAUGGUAACCGAGGUGCUGGUGCUAACCUGAACACCGAUGACGAUGUCACCAUUACAUUUCUGCCUCUGGUUGACAGUGAAAGGAAGUUACUCCAUGUGCACUUCCUUUCUGCUCAGGAGCUAGGUAAUGAGGAACAGCAAGAAAAGCUGCUCAGGGAGUGGCUGGACUGCUGUGUGACUGAGGGAGGAGUUCUCGUGGCCAUGCAGAAGAGCUCCCGGCGGCGAAAUCACCCUCUGGUCACGCAAAUGGUAGAAAAAUGGCUUGACCGCUACCGACAGAUCCGGCCUUGUACAUCCCUGUCUGAUGGGGAGGAAGACGAAGAUGAUGAAGAUGAAUGAAAAUAAUCAAAGAGCAGAAGAGCAAGGUACCAGCUCUAUAGUGACCUCCACGCUGCUGCGGUGCUCCAGGCAGAGUGCACGGCAUGGAAUGAAGCAGAUCUGGCAGGAUCUGCUUGGAAGGGUUUUUCUGAUCCACACCCCGUGGAGAUGAUGCAUCUGCUGUGAGGAGACAGAACUUUGGACUACAGUUUGUAAAAAAUGAAUUUUAUUAAGACAGAACUUUUUUCCUUUCAAAUUGUAAAUCUGUCUAUAAAUGUAACGCAUGUGGUUGUGUAAGAAGUUGUGUAAUAGGAAAAGUUGUACCAGCAUCUUCAUAUUAUUGAGAAGUUUUUUCCAGCAUGGGCACCUCCAAAAGCACAUGGCAGAUCACUCUUUGUUCCUUUGAGAUAAUUCUUUUUUAAGUAGAACCUGGCAUUCUACUUGCAUCUUAAAAGAUCGUUUUACAUUAUAUCUCACUAGAGCUCGUUAGAGAUUUGGAAACUUUUUGUACAAAUUACCCACAGCAAAACAUAAAAACAAGCUUUUAUUUUUAUUAAUAAUUUAGUUCCUGUUGUGCCCAAUAAAAUAAAAUAAAAUCUUUAAGGAACAAACUGUAAGAAAAGUAAGGAUUUUUUAUUGAGUGAACUUUGCAUAGACAUCGUUCCCUUGUUUUGGAAAGGGUUUUGGUUUCUAUUAUCUUGUCUUUUUAAAAGUUUCUGAUAAUGCCCCUUUUCAGUGUUUAGGUAUUUAUUUGUUUGGAAGAGUACCCUUAAGAUGGGGCUUCUUCUACCAGACUCUGGGCAGCAGUCUCUUUGUGAAUAGUUAUUCGGUGGAUGUAAGUGAGGGGAGUGCUGGCGGGGGAGUGCUCGGGGGAGCCGGCCCACUCGUAUGUAACUGAAUGAAUUGUGUGAAAUUCGCCCACUUGACUCUGUUGACAAUGUUAUACUCUCCCAGGUUGCCAUGCAUAGAGUCUGUGGAUUCUUAACUGUCUUUUAUCAUCAACUCUGCUUUAAGCAAAUUGUAUUAGAAAGGCAUGCCUUUGCUUGGGCUAAUUGGGAAUAUCAGUUCAGUAUAGAAUAAAGAUUUAAGAACGCAGUAAGGUGGUAAGUGCAUUGUAUAAUGAAUUUCUCAGUGAGUAGUCUGAGAAUUUUUGCAUGUUGGUUAAUUGUGGCCAUUCUUAUUUAAAGUUAAGACUAUAAUCUUAGGUAGGAAAACUUUCUACAAAAAGUAUUAUUUGACCACUUCAGGUAUACAUUCAAAACUGGGUAAAAAUUUCAGACCUAUCUCAGGAACACAAAAAGACUUAGUGUCCUGGUAAGCACUUUGUAGACUAUUGAUGUGGCAAGGAAUUUGGCAAGAAGCCCUACACACACACACACACACACACACUCACACUCACUCACUCACACUUUUCCUUCCCUUUGAUGAAAAGGCUGUGAAAACCUUGAAAUAUUUACUUCUUGUUUUCUUCUAAGUUCUGUUUAGAUGCUAUUGAAAUGUGCACAACCUCAGAUUUGAUGCUGGAAUACUAAAAAUAGAAAAUUACCUAUGAGAUGUCAUCUCUCUAGUUCUUUCUUCCCUCUCUGAACACCUUGAAACGUGUUCCCAGGAUGAUCUCUUUUGCUGCAUGCUACAACUUGCAGGAAAAAUAUUUGCAAUUUGAUUCCAUAUGAAUGAAUUUUGAUGUAAUGUGUAUGUUACUGUUUCAAAUGGUUAAUGUUUUCUUACAAAUUGACUCUACGGUUUGCUUUCAUUUUGGACAGAAUUAAUUUUUUAGAAGGCUGCCAUUCUAAUUACAUAGCACAGCAUCCCUAUAAACUUUUCUCCAUAUACAGGGAGAGAAUUCUUUAGUGGCCAGACAUCCUGUUCUAGUUGCUGUUAAGCAAAAACUGCUCUCCCAGUUGAAGAAUCCGAAGAGAAAUGUUUGAGGGAAAAGCAUCUAGUUGCUACGGUCUACAUUACAGUCAGUGCUGUUCAGAAAACUGCAGGCUCGGUCUUUAGCCUUAGCCUCCGUGUGUUGUGUUUGCUGCGUGGUGUGUCCCCUGAGGUGCCUCUUUAUUUAUUUAUUUAUAGAUCAGUGACCCUGACCACAUCUAGUUUAACAGGUACAGCAUUCUUCCCUGUGGGAAAGAAUUAUAUAUAUAUAUAUGACUCCAUUUCUUAGGCUCCAGACAGGGAUGGGGCUUUAAAUGGUUUUCACAGCAGAUUGGCUGGUAAAGGCCAACAUUUUGGUGAAUCAAUGCUAUGUUAAGCUCUUGAACUAUCAAACAGCCAUAACUGUUGUCCCAAGAUAGAGUUUGCAGUCCUUUCUCAGAUUAUAUAUGGCAGGGUGACAGAUAUUGUAUGUCUUUUGGUUGACUCCAGACAGUAAUACCUUUAACUGUAUGGACUUUAUGGUUCUUUUUCUAGGGGGAAUACAGUGUGGUGUUUUCUGUCAAAACCCAAGCACACCAUGGAUUUGGACCUUUUUAUGUUUUUGGUUUUUAGGCUCAUCGUGUCACAGACUUAGUCUGUGUUAAGGGACUAUUGCUGUGCAUAGUCGGUUGGGGGUCUCCUUUUUGUGCAUACGUCACCCCCUCACUGAUUGCCUGUUUGACAAGUGGUCGUGAAGAUGAUCUUGAGCUGCCACUUUGCUCCCCGGAGUGAUAGGUCAGUAACCAUUUGCUGUAUCUCUGUCCAGGAUCUCUCUAUCCGUGUCAGGUGGUUUCAGUGUAAUUUUUCAUGGGAGACUUGGGAUGGGACCACCACCUUAAAAUGAGUGAGGAGGUUGAUGCUUUAAGUUGUCAUGACUUCUUUUUUUAAAUGGGAAAGGGUGGGGGGAGGCGGCUGAAAAGGAGUUCGGUACCUGGAAUUGUUGGACGUGACUGACAUUUGCAGAUACUGCUAGUAGUAAGGGGUUUAAUGCUAUUUGAGAAGGAAGACCCAUAAAAUCAAUGGAAAGUUCCUAACCUAUGGAAAUGGCUGAUGUUAAUUAAUUUGCAACAUUUCUUUGUAAAUAUCAUUAAAAAUUUUUUUUUUUGAGAUUCACCUCCCUUCCUGCAUUAAUGCUUGAGCCAGAUAAUUUUGCUUUUGGGUAAAUUAAAAUCAAAAUUCUAAAACUUGA